UUGGGUUCCUUUUGAAUUGAUGGUAUUGUAGACGCGUGCAUUGGGUUUGAUGCAUGGCCCUUUGGGUUUCCUCUUGUUGUUCUUGAUGUUCUUGUUUUCUAGUGAGAUGAUUCAAUUAGAAACUUUUAUAUCUGCGCGCGCUCAAAUUGGUUGGAGGAAUGAGGUUCUGGAAUUCCGUCGUCUUUUCUCGGUUAGAUUGAUGUGGGAUAUAAAUUUGGUCGAGAGCAUUGGGAAAUAACAUGAUGGCAGCUUCUGGUUGUGGGAUUUGAUUAGAGGUUUAUUGGGUGGCAUGAAAUGAGAGUUGUUUUAAGCAUUACUAUUUUGCUAGCGGAGCUACUCAUUGGAAAUCCUGGAGAAAUCCUUGAUGUCGGUUGGAUUGUCCUUCCAUGGCGGCGACACGGACUGAAAAGCUGUUCUUCGUGCUUUCUUCUGCUGAAUCUUGGAAUUUGCAUUCCGACCAUCAUUAUGGGGCAAUGCGUAACCAAGAUUCUAUGUUGUUCAUGGUGCUUCCAGCAAGAAAUAAAAGACGAUGAGUCCAACCAACACAUUGAUUUUGCUAGCGGCAACGUGCAUCUCAUCACCACUAAAGAGAGCUGGGAUGAAAAGUUAUCACAAGCUAUUAAGGACGGAAAGAUCGUUAUAGCAAACUUUAGCGCGACUUGGUGUGGUCCUUGUAGAGUGAUUGCGCCUUUCUACUCUGAGUUAUCUGAGAAGCACCCUUCCCUCAUGUUUCUUCUUGUCGAUGUGGAUGAACUAACUGAGUUCAGCACAUCUUGGGACAUUAAAGCAACCCCUACCUUCUUCUUUCUUAAAGACGGGAACCAAGUCGACAAGCUCGUGGGCGCCAACAAGCCAGAGCUUCAGAAGAAGAUAACCGCGAUUCUAGACUCGAUCGAUCAAAGUCAGAAAUGACGACGGGUUGCUAGAGGUGGGGGAGAACAAAGCUAAGCCAUUUUGAAAUUUUGUCGAACCACGUACAUGCAGGUCUCCAUGUUGUAAAAUGCUUGCACGGCACUCGUUCUUGAAUGUAAAUAGAGAUGCUUGAGGGUGUCGAAUAGUGAAAAUAUUGGAAUGGUAAUCGCCGUUCUCUUUAUCGUGUCCUCGAUGCCCAUGCCGGGUGUAGAAUGUCCAUCGGUUUUGAUUGGAUUUCGAAAGUCUUUCUCACUAAUCGGAGCAGCAAAGCUUAGUUUGUU